AUGGAGUCUUCUAUUUCAGUGGCCGUCAGAGUACGGCCGUUCACGCAAACGGAACAGACAUAUCUCCAGCACAAUCCCAAGCAGCAGCUGUUUCUGGGCGAUGGUUCUUUAGCUUCCUCGUCGACCAACACGGCUACGGUCAACCCGUUCACUUCUCGCAAGGGCGGCAAAAGCAUCCGCAAGAUCAUCAACGUGGUGGACGACAAGAUGCUCAUUUUCGACCCGCCAGAAUCGUCUCCUGUGGCAGGGAUGCACAAGGCUGCGUUUCCGGGCAACACACAUCGGAUCAGAGAACACCGGUUUGUGUUUGACCAGCUGUUUGACGAAGAUGCGUCCCAGGAACAGGUCUACAACCAGACUACUCGGCCGUUGCUGUCCAACAUUUUCGAUGGAUACAAUGCCACGGUAUUUGCAUAUGGAGCUACGGGAUGUGGAAAGACACACACGAUUAGUGGACGUCCCGAGGCGCCAGGAGUGGUGUUUCUGACCAUGAAGGAGCUGUUCGACAGAAUUGAGGCUCUGCGAGACGAAAAGGUGAUUGAUGUGUCACUCAGCUACCUGGAGAUUUACAACGAAACCAUUAAGGAUCUUCUGGAGCCCAGCGACAAGGUGCUGACUCUGCGGGAGGACGCCGACAAGAAAAUCUCGGUGUCAAACUUGUCGUCGCACAAACCCGAGUCUGUGGAGGAAGUCAUGGAGAUGAUUUUGCAAGGCAACACCAACCGAACACAGAGCCCCACUGAGGCCAACGCCACGUCGUCGCGAUCACAUGCCGUGUUGCAGAUCAACGUCAUUCAAAAGAACCGAACAGCUGAGCUUUCCGAGUCACACACUUUUGCUACUCUUUCCAUCAUCGACCUGGCCGGUAGUGAGCGUGCAUCUGCCACAAAGAACAGAGGAGAGCGAUUGCUGGAGGGUGCAAACAUCAACAAGUCUCUUUUGGCACUGGGCAACUGCAUCAACGCUCUGUGUGACCCCAAACGAAAAUUGCAUGUGCCUUACAGAAACUCCAAACUCACGCGACUGCUCAAGUUCUCGCUGGGUGGCAACUGCAAGACGGUGAUGAUAGUAUGCAUUUCUCCUUCUUCUCAGCAUUAUGACGAGACCCUCAACACGCUCAAAUACGCUGACAGAGCGAAAAUGAUCAAGACAAAGGUGGUUCGAAACCAGCACUCGCUCGACAGACACGUGGGCUCGUAUCUGAAGAUGAUCACCGAACAGCGAACGGAGAUUGAGACGCUUCGAAAGCGAGAGGCUGAGGCUAUCGAGCAGGCUGUUGCCAAGUAUGUUGCAGCUGAACAGACAAGAAGAGACGCCAUCAAGGAGGCUAUAACGUCUCUAGAGACCACGUACUCGCGAACCACAUCGGAAACUGAACAGCGGGUCAUGGGAUUGCAUCGUAUCAAGCUGUUGACCCUUCAGCAGUCCCAGUUGACGUCGUGGAUGCAGUUGUUGAGUGGCCCAGACUUUGGAGCGCUCACUUCUGCGUAUCCCGAGCUUUUGUACUUUGUGGACGACGCUCAGGAUCGUCUGAAACGAUUAUGCAGCGAUAUUGAGGCCAUCAACGCCUUUUUGGAUUCGUGCACACGGGAUAUGGCCGCUCAAAACACCGUUGACCAAUGUUUGCGGCGUCUGAAGGAACUAGAAGGAUGGUGUGAGGCAGAUGAGGAGCUAUUCCUGAUAUGGGCUGAACAGACACGUGACCACUACGAGCGGGAGUUCCAUGAGUGUGUUUCGUCCGUGUCUCUAACAGACACGUUUUUUGGACCCAUUGUCUCGCAGUUCAUGAACGCUUGUCUACACAUGAUUCAGCGCAUUGAGGACCAGGAGCACGUGCGGCUGCUGUCUGAAGCUUUGGUUGGAUGUGAAAACGUUUUUAAAAGCGUAUCCACAGCCCCGAUCCCGACUCCUUCGACCCCAAACUUUUCGCUUCCUUCGGCAUACAAGAGAUCGGUAGUUGUUCGAUCUCCUGUUCAACCCCCUCCCAAAGACAAACCCUCCAAGAGGGUGAGAUGGGCACCUUCCCCCGCCCUUUCGACUCCUCGACGAACUUCCAAUGUCUUGAGUACCCCCUCAAGGCUGCCUGGUCCUGCAGCAGCAGUGGAAUCACCCAUUGAUCAUCCCAUGGACAGCCCUGACUCUGCUCCUCCACCCUUGGAUUUUUCCGAUGCUGUCAAUCACUCGAAUGUGAGUAUUCUUGCUGACGGAGACAGUCGUGCAAACCGAGUAGUGACUCCGACGAGUGGCAAGUUUGGUAUUCGGGGCUCAUUGAGAAAGUGCGUUUCCAACCAUGAGUUGAAGAGCCCUGUGAGAGGAGGAAACAAGGAGAACCAUGGGCUGGGGAUGCCCCAGAGGGUGACACAGUAG